AUGGCUAUUCGCCAACGCCAAAGCCCUGACGCACGCCUCUUCACAAAGGGCGUCGCAUUCGCGCAGCUUCCCAAGCCUAACAUCAUCCUCGAAAGCUCCGAAGGCCCGUCUGGGUCGCAAUUACAAGUGGACCUAUCUGCCGACGGAGUGGGUCGAUUCCUGUCUCUGAGCUGGCCCGCCGCACCCCCAGAAUCCAAGGAACUCCUGCUGCUCAGCGAAGACCCAGAUGCGCCCCUGCUAAGUCCGAUCAUCCACGGCAUCUACUACGGUAUCCCUGCCUCCGUGGCCGGCGUGAGCAAUGAUGAUUUUUUGGAGAGUGCAGUCGCUCACGCGCUGAAGGGUGGCUUCAAAUAUGGGAAGAAUCGCCGUGGCAAUAUCUAUAUCCCCCCGCGUCCGCUUUUGGGACAUGGGUCGCAUAGGUAUUUCUUUACCUUGGUUGCUCUUGGUCAGCCUCUUGAUGUGAGCAAGCUGAGCCAGGUGCCUACCGACCAGGAGAUUGCGACGGCCAUUGAGGGCAAUGUCGUCGGAUGGGGAGAGUGGGUUGGCGUGUAUGAGCGUAAAUGGGAGUGA